CACCGGUUGCUACUUAAUUGACGUGGAAGGACGGAAGAAGUACUGGGGUGAGGUCAGUUGUUGUGGCAGAGCAAAUAAUGGAGGAACAAUUUAAAGUUAAGCUUUUAAACCGAGUGAAUUUAUCGGGUUAGGGCAGGUUAGAGAGCCGGACUCUCUGCUUGGACGGACCGCGUCGGAGCGGCUGCUGCUAGCUGCUAACGCCCCAUGCUAGCUCACCUGUGCCCAGCUUCUUUGUUUCACCCAGACUGGUUUCGUUUCUAAUGGUCUGCUUGUUAAAUUAACUUAGCCAUAUUUCCUUUUUAGUAAUUAUUCAUUCAGUUUAAAUCGUCUGUCGCUUGUGUCUGGAUUGACAAAAAGCACCGACUGAUAGCUCUCCUUCCAGAAAUGCAUUUUUUUAAGUCUGAAGGCGUCCGCUUGGAUAUUUAUAAACCCGAGUAGUAAAAACUAGUCUUAAAACAAAUGGCGUCCUCUAAAGCCAAAGCUGGAGUCAACAGUGACACAGGCUCCCCGAAUGAUGGGAGAGGCACCAGCAGCAGUCCAGGAGAGGCAUCACCAAACAGCCGCAUAUAUAGCCUGGAUGACCUGGACACCAUGGCCACAGUUGGCACCGGGACGUUUGGCCGAGUCUUUCUGGUCAAAGACAAGAAGUCAAAGGCCUUCUUCGCCCUGAAACAGAUGAAGAUCUCAGACGUGAUCCGACUGAAGCAGGAGCAGCAUGUCCACAAUGAGAAGGAGGUUCUGGCAGAGAUCAACCACCCCUUCCUGAUCCGACUCUUCUGGACUCAACACGAUGAGCGUUUCCUCUACAUGCUGAUGGACUAUGUGCCGGGCGGCGAGCUGUUCAGUUACCUGCGGAGCCGUGGGAGAUUCAGUAACUCUGCAGGCCUCUUCUAUACCUCUGAGAUCGUAUGUGCUAUCGAGUACCUGCACUCUAAAGAAAUAGUUUACAGAGACCUGAAGCCGGAGAACAUCCUGCUGGACAGCGAGGGCCACAUCCGGCUGACCGACUUUGGCUUCGCUAAGAAGCUUUCCGACAGGACCUGGACUCUGUGUGGAACUCCAGAGUACCUGGCGCCUGAAGUGAUCCAGAGCAAAGGGCAUGGCCGUGCGGUGGACUGGUGGGCUCUGGGCAUCCUCAUCUUUGAAAUGCUGGCUGGGUACCCGCCUUUCUUUGAUGACAAUCCAUUUGGAAUAUAUCAGAAGAUUCUGUCAGGAAAGCUGGAAUUCCCACGCCAUCUGGAUUUCUAUGUCAAAGACCUCAUCAAGAAGUUUCUGGUCAUUGACCGAGCCAGACGGCUGGGCAACAUGAAGAACGGAGUCGACGACGUGAAAAAACACAGAUGGUUUAAGACCGUAGACUGGGAAGCGGUUCCUCUGAGGAAACUGAAGCCUCCCAUAGUUCCUAAAGUUUCUCAUGAGGGUGACACGUCCAACUUCGAUGUUUAUCCUGAAGACAACUGGAAGAAAGACCCUCCCGUUUCACCGAAGGAUCUGGAAAUUUUCAAGAACUUUUGAUCCGAGUCUUCUAUUUAUAAAUGAGGAGCUGACAGAUGUAUUUAAAAUUCCUGCUUCCUUCUGCCAUCACGGAGGAAGGACACGUUCGUCAACUGUUAGAAGACCCUUUUUAUCUUUGGGGAUGACCCUGAAGUCAAAACCACAGAAAUAAUUUCUUUUUUAUGCCUUUAUUUAUGAGACUUUUUAUUAUCUUUCAUUUCCUCUGAGCCUUUGCAUAAGCAAAACAGAAAAAAAGAAACAACCAAGACUGUUACUUUAUAAUCAGGUGUUUUUUUUAAUAUAUGUUCUGCCUUCUUAAAAUGAAGUCAUAUCUGACCGGUGCUGAACUGUCAGUUUGACCCGUUGUGACUGGCGGUGCCUUACAUCGGCGUGACGAGGAUGACGAGUCUUUGGGUUCUGCUGCAGACGCUGUCGCCUCUCUGUUAUUUUCACCUGCAGCUCUUUGUUAUUACCGUUCAGCCACAGCUGCUCGGCAGACUUUCCCACGACACACUUUGCUCUUUCACUUCACUCUCCAUCACCAUCAUCAUCGUCGUCAUCCUCAUGUUGGUUGAAAGGUGGCUGAGCUAUUCCUGAAGUUCACUGUGAGCAGAAACACGUCUGCAGCCUCUGAACACGGCGGUGGUCUCAUCAUGCUGCAACAUCCAAUCAGCUGCGGAUGAAAAAUGCCAGAUUUUGACCAUGAAAGUUGCAUGUUUUCACAUCAAGCUUCUGAUAAAGAAUCAGCUGUUUUUGUUUGUUUUUGCACGAGUUCUUUGUCAUAACCCGGUGCUGAAUCACUCUCAUUGUUAUUCUUCAUCUUUACGUACAUGUUUUUUUUUUUUUUUUGUAUUUUCAUGUCAGUUUCAGUCAGGAUCAAAGAAAAUCCAGUUUGACCUCCUGAGGCUGAGAAUAUAUUUGCUUUUAAUUACAUGGAUGCAAGGCAAGAAAAUUUAUUUGUACAGCACAAUUCGUGUACAAGACAAUUCAUAACAUUACAUAAAACAUUAAAAGCAUUACAGCAAUAACA